AUGCUCGACGCAGAUGACAGCAACCGACCUGAACGUCGCCCCGCUCUGAUUGCACAUGAACUGUCCAGGUUGGAUGUCGACAUUGCUGCCCUUAGCGAGGUCCGAUUCCCUGAUGUACGCAGCCUUCAGGAGCAUGGCACCGGUUACACCCUCUUCUGGUCAGGGAAGCCUGCAACAGAAAGGCGCUUCUCAGGCGUCUGCUUCAUGAUCAGGACCUCCAUCGCCUUCAAGCUGGAAAACCUGCCAACCGGUCACUCCGACCGCACCAUGUCCAUGUGCCUCCCUCUGAAGAACGAACGGUAUGUCACGCUCUUCAGUGUGUACGCCCUGACUCUCCAAGCUGAACCUGCAGAAAAAGACAGGUUCUACUUGGAGCUCGGCAGCCAUCUCCAAAGCAUCCCUGCAGACGACAAGGUAAUAUUCCUUGGCAAUUUCAAUGCCAGAGUGGGUCAAGAUGUAGAUGCCUGGAAAGGAGUUCUUGGCAAACACGGCGUUGGAAACUGCAACGAUAAUGGGCGCUCGCUGUUGGAGCUUUGCACUGAGCAGCAACUGGUCAUCACCAACACUAUCUUCCAGCAAAAGGACAAAUUGAAAACAACCUGGAUGCAUCCUCGGUCCAAACAUUGGCACCUCAUAGACUACGUUGUAGUGCGCCUCAUGGAUGUCCUUCACACCAGAGCAGACCUACAGUCCAAGCUUGAGAGCAUCGACUGCCCAGAAGACCCCUCACCUGAAACACUCUGGGAUCAACUGAAGACUGCCAUCCUGCAAACAUCUGAAGAAGUUCUGGGGUUUACCACCAAGAGGGACAAAGACUGCAACCUCCAGCACAAGCAUCGAGAGAUCCAGAACGAGUGGUGGACCAACCUUGCAGAGAAAACUCAGCUUUGCGCAGACACUGGGGACUACAGAGGCUUCUAUGAAGCCCUAAAGGCAGUAUAUGGUCCUACUCACCACGUCCAGAGUCCUUUGCGCAGUGCAGACGGACAGGCCCUCUUCAGCGCUGACCGCAUCGUCCAGGACUCAGCAGUUCUCCGCAUUCGUCAGAAGCCAGUCAUAGAGGAAUUGGAUGAACUACCAUCUAUGGAAGAAAUUUCAAAAGCAUAG